AUGCCCGUCGUAUCAGCAGCUCGGUACGGAAAGGACAAUGUCCGCGUAUACAAAGUCCAUAGGGAUGAGGCGACGGGUACGCACACAGUUACGGAGAUGACCGUAUGCUGUUUACUCGAGGGGGAUAUCGAGUCGUCGUACACGGUAGCGGACAACAGCGUUGUCGUGGCCACCGACUCCAUGAAGAAUACCAUCUACAUCAAAGCCAAGGAGCACCCCGUGAACCCGCCGGAACUGUACGCCAGCUACUUGGGACAGCAUUUCCUAGAUCAAUACGCCCACAUCCACGCCGCCAAUAUCAGCAUAGCUGUAAAGCGGUGGACCCGCAUGAUCAUUGACGGAAAGGAACACCCCCAUAGCUUCUACCGCGACGGCGAGGAGACUCGCAACGUCGAGGCCCGUAUUACCCGCAAGGGAAUCGAGCUCACUAGCGGUAUCGCGGGGCUCCUAGUGCUGAAAAGCACUGGGUCCGCCUUCCACGGCUUCAUUCGCGAUGACUACACCACACUACCCGAGACCUGGGACCGCAUCCUCUCGACUGACGUCGACGCUACUUGGAGUUGGAAUACCCUACCAAGCGUGGCGGCGGUCGAGCAGAAGGUGGGCCAGUUCGACAAGGCUUGGGAAGACGCCCGUAGAAUCACCAUGAAAACAUUUGCCGAAGAGAGCAGUCCUUCGGUGCAGCAUACCAUGUAUAAAAUGGGCGAGCAGAUCCUCGAGGCCGCUUCUGAGGUCAAGUCGGUCACUUAUGCAUUGCCCAACAAGCACUACUUUGAAAUCGAUUUAUCCUGGCACAAGGGUCUUAAGAACACGGGCAAGGACGCCGAAGUAUACGCCCCGCAGUCCGGACCUAACGGUUUGAUAAAAGUCGAGAUUUCGCGCUCGUAG